AUGUCGGGCUCAGGCACGGCGUCGCCGAUCAACAUUUUGCCUUCACGCCAAAGCUCCCACUCGCCACGCAACCAACAUUCGAACCUCACUUCACAACUUCAACAACCCCGCAUCAACGUCGACCACGACAUGAGCAUGGACGGCGCAGACGGUGCUGACGCUGCGCCGAGACCAAGACAAGAGUCGGUGAACAUGCUCUCCACGACACCCUUCGGCGCACAGUCGAUCCCUCUCAAGAACGGACAGCGGCGUCCGAGCAAUACCAACGGGCAGUCGGGCAGCUUCAUGGGCGGCAUGAGCUGGGGCGGUAUCUCCAUGGGCAGUUUCAUUAGGGAUGACAUCUUCAUGGGCACAUCACCAUACAACUAUGGAUCGCCGUCAUUUCACUCCUCUUCGUACCUGCCGAAGAUGGAGGCGAACUACAUGCGCGACUACGUGUGCUGCGACAUCCGCCUCGAUUCUAUGCAUGAGCUCCUCCAGCAUUAUGAGGAGGCGCAUGCGGCGCAACCGACUCAGACCAUGGGCCGCACCCCACGAGACCUGCAGUUUCCGAGUGGGAGAGCGGCCAACGCCACUAACACCGCGCAUGCGGUCCAGCAGCAGGCGCAUCCGCAACAGGGUCUCCCACAGCAGCCGAUGCAACCGCAGAACUACCCUACCCAGUCUCCGUUGUUCGGCGGUCAAUCACAUGAUCAGAUCGGCACAUUCGACAGCCUCGAUGACAUGGACAUGGAUGACACCACUCCUCAACUUGCGCAGAGAAGCUCACAGUUCCAGCCACAGCCUCAAUUUGGACGUCAGCAACCUCGUGGACCCACUGUCAACGUCAACCUUGCCAACGCUUUCCAGGGGCAAGGCUUGAACUCUGCUGCAACACCAAGCACUCCUCACGCCAGCCAGCAAUCUUUCCAGCACGACCCUACCGUAUCUUCCGUCAACACACCGACCAUUCACAAUGCCAGGAGCGCAUCGCAGCAGAACAGCACCCCCGACUCUUCCAUGCCCGGCACCCCCGCCGAGAACGACCUCGACUACAGCUCGCAGAUGGCUAGCCUCAACAUCGACUACAACCAGCUCAUGCAGCAGGGCGGCAUGGACAUCAACAGUCUGAGCAACGGUGCGUCUGGCACUAUUGAUGAUCCGGCAAAGCGCCUGCUGAGCAAACAAGGUCACGGCAACAAAGCGUUCGCAAAUCAAUCCGCUAACAACAGUGAGCUCGCCAAGCGCGUACGCGAACAGCACUUGCUGAACGGUCUCGCAGGCUCCGGCGGCUUCAUCACCGAAGAAAUCAAGCCAUUCAAGUGCCCCGUCAUCGGCUGCGAGAAGGCCUACAAGAAUCAGAAUGGACUGAAGUACCACAAGCAGCAUGGUCACCAGAACCAGCAGCUCAAAGAGAACCCAGACGGUACGUUUUCUAUUGUUGAUCCCACUACAUCUGUCCCCUACCCUGGCACGUUGGGCAUGGAGAAAGAGAAGCCGUAUCGCUGUGACACGUGUGGCAAGCGGUACAAGAACUUGAACGGGUUGAAGUACCACCGUCAGCACAGUCCGCAGUGCAAUCCGGAGAACAAGAUGCCGUCCAAUGUGCCGGGCGUGGGGAGCAAUUUGCAGGGGGUGAACGUGGCAGGGGCAGGCUUGAUGGGCAUGAAUGGCGGGAUGGAGUAUUGA